GUGGGUGGGGCCUGGCGCGCCGCAGGGCGGAGGGAGGGCGGGGCGCGCGGUGGCAGCGCCGGAUCCGCAGGUGGCGGCGCGGGGUCGCCUGCAGGGAUGGGGAAACUGAGGCACGGAGCUGGGCUGUGACUCAACCAUCAGACAGGAGUCACAUCCCUGGAGCCUCCAGGAUUCAUCCAGGCCGCCAGAAUGUCAUACUUUGCAGAGCAUUUUUGGGGGGACAAGAACCACGGCUUCGAGGUCCUCUACCACAGCGUGAAGCAGGGGCCCGUGGCCACCAAGGAGUUGGCCGAGUUCAUCCGGGAGCGGGCCACCAUCGAGGAGACCUACUCAAAGGCCAUGGCGAAACUUUCCAAGCUGGCCAGCAACGGAACCCCCAUGGGGACCUUCGCCCCGCUGUGGGAGGUCUUCCGCGUGUCCUCGGACAAGCUGGCGCUGUGUCACCUGGAGCUCACUCGCAAGCUGCAGGAGCUCAUCAAGGACGUGCUGCGCUACGGGGAGGAGCAGGGCCGGGCCCACAAGAAGUGCAAGGAGGAAGCCGGGGGGACACUGGACGCUGUCCAGAUGUUGGCGGGGGUCAGCCAGCUGUUGCCCAAGUCUCGUGACAACUACCUGCACCGUUGUCUGGACCAGGAGAGGCUGCGCAGGGAGACCACCAGCCCGAAGGAGAUGGACAAGGCAGAGGCCAAGACCAGGAAGGCGGCCGAGAGCCUGCGGCGCUCUGUGGACAAGUACAACGUGGCCCGUGCAGACUUCGAGCAAAAGAUGCUGGACUCAGCGCAGCGCUUCCAGGCCCUGGAGGAGACGCACCUACGUCACAUGAAGGCGCUCAUGGGGUCCUACGCACACUCGGUGGAGGACACGCAUGUGCAGAUCGGGCAGGUGCACGAGGAGUUCCGGCAGAACAUUGAGAACGUGGGUGUGGACACGCUGCUGCGCAAAUUCGCCGAGACCAAGGGCACCGGGCAGAACAGGCCGGGGCCUGUGGACUUCGAGGCUUACAGCGCAGCUGCCCUGCAGGAAGCCAUGAAGCGUCUGCGGGGAGCCAAGGCCUUCCGCCUCCCGGGGCUCAGCCGGCGCGAGCGGGAGCCCCCCACUGCUGUAGGAUCCCAGGAGCCCGAUUCCGGGCACCCCUUGCCUCCCCAGACGUGUCCAGAGGUGGAUGAAGAAGGCUUUACGGUUCGACCUGAUGUGAAUCAGAACAGCACGGCCGAGCCCUCCUCCCGCUUCUCCUCCAGCGACUCGGACUUCGAUGAUGACGAGCCACGCAAGUUUAUCGUGCAAAUCAAGCCGGCCCCCGCCCGCAAUCCUGCAGGCAGCCUGGAGGCGGCAGCCGCGCAACUCAGGGCCACGGCCAGCAGCCUCAUCCUGCCUCCUGGGCCAGGGGGCACCAUGAAGCGUCAGUCGUCCCGGGACACGGUGGGGAGGCCACAGAGGCCGCGCUCGGCACCCAGGACCAGCAGUGGAGCUGAGCGCCCGCAGCCAGAGGACCCGCUGACCAAGAGUCUGUUUGGGCCGCCACUGGAGGCCGCCUUCGACCAGGACGACUUCACCGGCUCCAGCAGCCUGGGGUUCACCUCCAGCCCGUCGCCCUUCUCCUCCUCAUCCCCUGAGAACGUGGAGGACUCGGGCCUGGACUCCCCGUCGCACGUGGCCCCCGGCCCCUCGCCAGACUCCUGGGUGCCCCGCCCAGGCACCCCUCAGAGCCCUCCUGGCUGCAGAGCGCCACCCCCCGAGACCAGGGGAAGCCGGACCCUGCCCACUUCAGACUCCCCGGGCCCCUGGGGGCUGGAGGCGGGAGCUGCAGACCCCGUGCUGGACGCCGCCCCCCGGGAAGGCCUGGCUGCCCCUCCCCGCCGACCCCGGACCAGGCAGGCGUCUUGCCCGCUCACACGCAGCAGUGGAGACCUGUCUCGCUCCCUGAGCCCCUCCCCACUGGGCUCCUCGGCCCCCAGCGCCCCCGACCGGCCCAGCUUCCCCCCCCAGAUGGGGCAUGGCAUAUCCAGGGGACCCAGCCCUGUGGUCUUGGGAUCCCAGGACGCCCUACCCGUGGCCACCGCCUUCACAGAGUAUGUGCACGCCUACUUCCGUGGCCACAGUCCCAGCUGCCUGGCCCGGGUCACGGGGGAGCUGACCAUGACCUUCCCGGCCAGCAUCCUGCGAGUAUUCAGUGGGACGCCGCCCCCGCCCGUGCUCAGCUUCCGCCUGGUGCACACGGCCUCCAUCGAGCACUUCCAGCCAAACUCGGACCUGCUCUUCAGUGACCCCUCACAGAGUGACCCCGAGACCAAAGACUUCUGGCUCAAUAUGAGUGCCCUGACAGACGCCUUACAGCGCCAGGCGGAGCUGAACCCGGCUGCUUCCUACUUCAACCUGGUGCUGCUGCGCUACCAGUUCUCACGCCCGGGCCCCCAGUCGGUGCCCCUGCAGCUGAGCGCCCACUGGCAGUGCGGGGCCAGCCUGACACAGGUCUCCGUGCAGUACAGCUACCGGCCCGGCGCCACGGCCGUGCCCACGGCCCUCACUAACCUGCAGGUGCUGCUGCCCGUCGGGGAGCCGGUGAACAACGUGCGUCUGCAGCCGGCUGCCACCUGGAACCUGCAGGAGAAGCGGCUGCUGUGGAAGCUCCCAGACGUGUCUGAGGAAGGAGGCUCGGGCUGCCUCUGCGCCAGCUGGGAGCCCAGCUCGGGGCCCAGCACCCCCAGCCCCGUGGCCGCCCAGUUCACCAGCGAGGGCGCCACCCUGUCGGGCGUGGACCUGGAGCUGGUGGGCAGCGGCUACCGCAUGUCGCUGGUCAAGAGGAGGUUUGCCACAGGCAUGUACCUCGUGAGCAGCUGAGCCUGCCAGCGCUGCCCAGUGAGCUGGUCUCCCGCCCUCCCGGCCCCUCGCACCCGCGCCCACAGGCCCCACCCGGCCUUUUACUGUUCUUGGAGUAAACACUGAGUUUUCUAAUAAAACAGGAAAAAGGGA